CAAGUUCGAAGAACGUGCAGGGCGAGUGAGCGCUGACUGCACAACGAGUCGGGGUUGAGAGGUGUGACGCUGGGAGCUAUGGCGAUCCGUUCAUUUUGUGGAUCAGCGAACUCCCGUUCUCCCGUGCAUUUGUGCCCCACCAAAACCAUGCAGCGAUCACUUGAAGCGUGAUGCUCCUGCACCAUGAUCACGUAACCAUCCACCGAACAUCUCCAGGGCUGCCGCUGCUGGCAGGCAACAAUCAUGCCACUCCAUCUCCUAGGCAAGAAGUCAUGGAAUGUCUACAACCCCGCCAACAUCGCCCGCGUCAAGGCGGACGAAGAGGCCGCUGCCGCCCGUGAAGCUGCUGCCGACCAGCGCAUGCAAGAGCUCGAUGCCGAACGACGCGCUGCCAUACUACGAGGCCGUACACCGCCCCCGCUGCCUGAAGAGGAAGUCGAAGAUGGCAGACAGAAGAAGGACAGCGACGGCGGCCAUAAUAAAAAGAGAAGGAAGUUGAGGGGCGAAGAUGAUACCGAUAUGGACAUACGGUUGGCUGCGUCCAUGACAAAGCCAAAAGACGGCGACGAAGAGGAUGCAAAGGUCCUGAAGCUGCGCAAACCCGCAAGUGAUGCACCCUUGACUGACCACGCCGGCAACAUUGACCUCUUCCCUGUGGACAUCAAAGAGGCUACCAGGCGCGAGAAGAACGCAGAGGUCGAGAAGGAGAAGCGCAAGAAGGAGCAAGCCUUUGAGGACCAGUACACCAUGCGCUUCUCGAACGCGGCAGGCAAGAACGGUCUGGAUCAGCCUUGGUACGCAGUUCAGCAGAAGUUGAGCCAAGCAACUGAGGAGAGCAGUGCGGCGCUCGAGUAUCCAGGCUUCGAGAGUAAGAACGCGUGGGGAAACGAAGAUCCACUGCGCAAAGAGAGGGAGCAAGCCCGGAUAACCUCCAACGACCCGUUUGCGUUCAUGCAGAAAGCCCAAACCCAGUUGAAGAAGUCCAAAGAGGACAAGAAGAAGUGGGUAGACGAGCGCAAGCGCGAGCUCAAGGAGUUGCGAGAUGCACAAGAAAAGGAAGAGAGGAGUAAGCAUCACAAGAGGGACAGUCAUCGCCGCAGUCGAAGUCGAAGCCGAAGCCCCAAUCGAGAGCGCAGACAUAGACACUCGCACCGUAGAGCCAGAUCACGCAGUCGGAGUCGAGAGCGAGAACGAGAUCACAAGGACCGUCACAGUCGGCACUCUUCAUCACGACAUCACAGAAGCCGGAGCACCAACGGUCGGAGACGACGAGAUGAGGAGGAGCCUGUUGCAAGAUGAGCAGUAGCAAUCUGUAAGCCUGUUCCAUCCGUUCGUGCAGGUAGGAGCAGGUUCAGUGAUCAUGAUACCCAAUUCAGCAUUCUCUCGUCCUCGUCAUGGUUUCGCUCUCGUGUAGCAGGAAAAGCCGGACACAAGCGCGCGUCUUUCCAAAAUAUUGGAGGUCUUCAGAGCAUAUUCAGAAGCCACUUGCACUUUCAUAAAGUGUUACAGGACUACAGUAGUUUCUAAGAACCCUGUAGAGCGGUCCUAAUUG